AUGGCAAAUUGUGUGACACAUAAUUCAUUUUUCACCAUCUUUGCUAUUCUACUUUCUUCAAUAUUUCAAUUCACAAAAGCUAUGAACAAUGUUUUUAGCAUUGAUCUCAUUCAUAGAGAUUCACCAAACUCCCCCUUUUAUGAUCCUUCCUUAAGUUUUACGGAGCGAAUGAACAAUUCAUUUCAUCGCUCAUUCAAUCGUUCCAUUAGUCUUUGUUCACCCUCAUCCUCUAUCGUUGUUGCUUCCAACAACGGAGAGUAUCUCAUGAGAUACUCCAUAGGUACGCCUCCUGUGCAUACCUUAGGGGUCGCUGAUACUGGCAGCGACCUCACAUGGACUCAGUGUUUACCCUGUAAAAAUUGCUUCAAGCAACAAUCUCGUAUCUUCAACCCAAAAAAAUCAUCAACUUAUAAACCCUUACACUGCAGUUCCAAAAUGUGUCACGCUGCCAAUUUUCCAACGUCCUGCAACAGGAUGAAGAAGAAGACCUGCAGGUAUCACGUCAGGUACGGAGAUAAUUCGUACAGCAUUGGUGAUUUAGCAACAGAGACGAUACGAUUUGGAUCAUCGAAAAACAAACGAGUGAAAUUGAAGAAAACAGUUAUUGGAUGCGGACACAAUAAUGCAGGUACAUUCAGUGGUGACAAAGAAUCAGGGAUUGUAGGGCUUGGAGGUGGAAAAUUUUCGUUAAUUUCCCAAAUGGGUUCGUCAAUUGGGGGAAAAUUCUCCUACUGUUUAGCUCCAUUUUAUCAACAGAAAAACUAUAUUCCUCAAAGCAAAAUCCAUUUUGGUACAGACGGAUUUGUUCCAGGAGAUAAAGUUGUUACAACACCAUUAGCUCGAAAAUUCCCAGCAACGUACUAUUUUCUCACACUGGAAGGUGUUAGUGUGGGUAAAGAAAGAUUGGAUUUCCGAAAUGUGUCAUUCUCUUACGGAGAAGGUAACAUUAUAAUCGAUUCAGGCACAGUUUUAACUCUGUUUUCGACUGAAAUCUAUGUGAAACUAGAAUCAAUGGUGAAGAGUGCAAUCAAGCUGCCCACUGUGGCGGAUCCAACUGGUUCUUUAAAUUUGUGCUACAAAUCUCUUUCCAUCGAUAAAAUUCCGAUAAUUACGAUGCAUUUUAUAGGUGCAGAUCUGAGAUUGGGUCCAUGGAAUACAUUUGUGGCGACAAGUGAUAGUUCAAUGUGCUUUGCUUUUGCUGCAUCAUAUGGUGGUCAAAUUUUUGGGAAUAUUGCACAGAUGAAUUUCUUGGUUGGUUAUGAUUUAAAGAAUAAGAGAGUAUCCUUUAAGGCUACUGAUUGUUCUAAAUAA